CCUUCCCCUCAAUUAUAUAAGACCCUGACGCAACGAUGUGCCAAACAAAGGAAUUGAUCAGAGCCAUCUACAUCACUUCUAACUUCUUCCUCUUUUCUCCCGACUAAUUCUUGCCCCAAGUUCAAAAUGUCGUUCAACCCUAACGAUGUCGACCUCGAUACAGCCGACCCGACUCAGAUCAUCUGCUAUCUCAACAAGUCGGAAAAUGAGUACAACGGCCACCUGGGCGCCCGUAUCUCGGCCAUCUUCGUCAUCUUUGUCGUUUCAACUGCAGUGACCUUCUUCCCAGUCAUCGCCAAGCGGAUUCCCAGGCUUCACAUCCCACUCUACGUCUACCUCUUCGCUCGUUACUUCGGUGCAGGUGUCAUUAUCGCAACCGCCUUCAUCCACCUUCUGGACCCCGCAUAUUCCGAGAUCGGCCCGCAGACAUGUGUCGGCAUGACCGGGAACUGGGCCAUUUACUCCUGGUGCCCUGCGAUCGUCCUGACCUCGCUCAUGUGCAUCUUCCUUUUGGACUUUGGUGCCGAGCGUUAUGUUGAAGUCAAGUAUGGCCUCUGCAGGGAGGACCCGGAACCGAUCAUGACGAGCGCAGUCGACAACUCUACAGUGGAAAAGUCGUCGGCGGGAAAUACCCGGAAGGGCGAAACGGACGUGGAGGAGUUGUCGCAGAGUGACACCUUGAUCGAGAGAUCUUUCAGGCAGCAGAUCACCGCUUUCCUCAUUCUCGAGUUCGGUGUCAUCUUCCACUCCGUCAUCAUCGGUCUGAACCUGGGAGUUACGGGUAGUGAGUUCGCAACACUCUACCCGGUCCUUGUCUUCCACCAGUCGUUCGAGGGUCUGGGUAUCGGAGCUCGUAUGUCAGCCAUCCCUUUCCGCAAGGGCAGCUGGCUGCCCUGGGUCCUCUGUGCGCUGUACGGCUUGACCACGCCCAUCUCGGUCGCUAUUGGUUUGGGUGUUAGAACCACGUACAACUCUGGCUCGUUCACAGCCAACGUGGUCUCCGGUGUCCUGGACUCUGUCUCCGCCGGUAUUCUGAUCUACACUGGUCUAGUCGAGCUGUUGGCCAGAGAUUUUAUCUUCGACCCUCACCGCACCCAAGACAACAAGCGACUGGCCUUUAUGGUCAUCACCAUGCUCUGGGGUGCCGGUAUCAUGGCGCUUCUCGGCAAGUGGGCCUAAGCUGGUGGUGUCGUUACAAAACCAUGUACUGUGUAUAGAUGUCUACCCUUGUGGCUUCCUUGCGGUGCUACCUGGUCCUGCUGUUCUCAAGAUAUCCAUUGCUUCCGACUUUGCUUUUUAUGCUCAUAACACAUCGCUUUGCUGUUCGAAUACCCUUCUCAUUCUGUGAUCACAUUUUCAUCUACGCACAUACCAUAAUACAGAUUAGCUGAACAAAUUGCUGAAUAUUGCUAUACAAAACAUCUUUCUAUUCCAAUG